CCUGCGUCCCCGGACGUUGUCCGGGCUGAGGCCCAGGCGGGGACGGCGCAGGUGGCUUGGUGGGCGCGAGCCGGGGCGCUGUGGGGCGAGGGUAGAUGGCGCUGGGGGUCGCCGGCGGGGGCAGGACUGGGUCGGAGACCGGCGGCGGUGCCCGGGGCGGGGGUCAGCGACGGAGGGGCUUCUGGAGCCUUCGGGUUGUGCUCUGAGGCGUCGUGGAGGCGCGGUAACAGAGGGGUCCCGUGUGCGGCAAGCGGGUCCCGGGCCGACGAGACAGACGCAGGUCCGGUGACGCUGGGGCCGAGGCCCGGCAGAGAGGCCGGCCCGGGCGCGGGGCCCCAGCCCCUUCUCCGCGGUCGGGGCCAGGCCGGGGGUCCGGCCCGGGAGCCGUGUGGCGGCGUCAGACGCUGAGCCCGUGGACGCUCAGCCGCGGCUCCUCGAUACGAGCUGAGCGCUCCGCCGUGGGUGGGGCGGGGGGCGUCCAGAGGGGCGGGAGGGGCAGACCGGGGUGCCCUCAGGAGUCGGAAGGCGGCCAGGAGAGGACGCAGCCGGCUGCGCUGGGGCAGCCUUCGCCGUGCUGGCAGCGGGGUCCUGGGGAGAGGGCUCCGGGCAGGAGAGGGGGUCCAGGAGGGAGGUGCAGGGGCAGCGGCGGCGUGAGGACACCCUCCCGGUGGGGAGAGCCGCCGUGGAGGAGGAGAUGGAGAAUAUCCGGUCAGAGCCGGGAGGGGUCCAGCAGGUCCAGAAAGCAGAGACCGCGCCCCAGCUCCCCGAGGGAAGGGGCUGCGUGGACAGGAGCCUGGCUUUCUGACGAGGUUGGAGGCGGGAGAGUGAACGGGGCACUUGGGUCUGACUCCUUGCCGCAUUCCCCCCGCCCCCCCGCCCCCCACCACCGCCUGCUGAACCCAGAACCGUCAGGGUGACUCAGCUUACACCAUUAACUGGGUCAGCCCCUUGGAAGCGACCCUAAGAGGAGAUUUUGUUGUAUUCGGUGUCUCUGGAAGGGUAUUUUAAGGGCGUAUCUUCAUUCGAUAUAUGGUCAGUCUUGAUGUCCACAUCACAGAAGUGGUUCUUCACAAGGUCACAGUUAAAAGGCUUCAGACCUUUUCCAGAGGUUAGAGAAUUUAUCUGAUGUUUCUCCUAGAUUAUCCACAUUUCUAAUGAAAAUUUUGGACAUUUUAAGAGAGUAAGACAAUGAAAUGUAGGGAAAGCCCACCCACGUCCCUUAAAAGCCGUGGAUAAGAAUUUAAUUUCCUUGGCAUGGUGAGCCUUAGUGAAGUCCAUCAGAGCUUGAAGUGUAGGCUUGUGGUCCUGCCAAUUUAUGAACCUUUAUUAAUUUAUUUUUUAGGCAUGACCUCCAAAUGGCCCAGCUCCUCCUGGCACCAAAACUGAAGAAAGUGGUGACAUGAACUGUCCCCUCUGUACUUUGCUUUGGCAACUGAGAAGCUCAAAGCUUAAUUUUCAGCUUUCAGCUCAUAUAUAUGAGCAUAAACUUAAAUCAUCUCAGAAGGACAAGGUCCGCCAGUUCAUGGUAUUUACUCAGGCUGGCAAGAGAAGUGCCGCCCACUGCUUAGAGCAGAGCAAGUAGACACCAGACCUGGCCACAGACAGCUGCUUCCUACCCGAGCUUGUUCACAGGGAAUCCAUGAGAACCUCCGUGGACAGGAAGAAACUGGAGCAGCUGUAUAACAGGUACAGAGACCCACAAGAUGAAAAUAAAAUUGGAAUUUAUGGGAUUCAACAGUUUUGUGAUGAUUUAAGCCUAGAUCCUGCCAGUAUCACAGUUUUGGUUAUCGCGUGGAAAUUCAGGGCUGCAACUCAAUGUGAAUUUAGCAAAAAGGAAUUUGUAGACGGCAUGACACAACUUGGGUGCGACAGCACAGAGCAGCUGAGAGCCCUACUGCCUGGACUGGAGCAGGAGCUGAAGGAUGCGGUGAAGUUCAAGGCCCUUUACCAGUUCACCUUCACCUUUGCUAGGAGCCCGGGGCAGAAAGGGCUAGAUUUGGAAAUGGCCGUCGCAUACUGGAAUCUGGUGUUAUCUGGAAGGUUUAAGUUUCUAGAUCUUUGGAACACCUUCUUGUUGGAGCAUCACAAACGAUCAAUCCCAAGGAACACUUGGAACCUUCUUCUAGAUUUUGGAAACAUGAUCGCAGAUGACAUGUCCAACUAUGAUGAAGAAGGAGCAUGGCCUGUUCUCAUAGAUGAUUUCGUAGAAUAUGCACGGCCAGUGGUCGCAGGUGAUAAAGGCAGUCGUGUCUCGGCAGAAAAUUGAGUUGGAUUUAGAUGAAAGGGAGCCUCGUCCUGCAGGAGAUGCUGGCCAGCUGUGCCUGUCACCCAUUUCCUCCUGACCAGUCGUGAGCCUGGAGACCCUCUUCCGCUGCUUAGAGAAGACGCCGCUGACUAUUGGCGCCGCACGGAGACCCUCCGCGAUCGCGGCCGGGCGCCUGGGGACGGGGCCCUAGCUCUGCUGUGGAGCCCUCCGCGUGACUGUGGAGGGGCGGGGCCUGUCUGCAGUCUCCCACCUUCAGAUCACGGCGAGCCCUGCGCCCACACCCACUGGUUGUCUGGGAACCACACCUAAGAAACCGCCGGUCAGGCGGCCGGACACAUGUCCUGAGAAGACAGUCGUAGACACUGAGGUUUUUAGAUUUGGUGCCAGGAUUAAGACAUAAGUUUUUUGAAUCAUCCAGAUUUAUCAGCUCUGUUUCCUCUGGAUGAUCAUGGGAAUGAUUUUACAGGUCGGCGGGCUGUUGAGGUUUGCACAGCAACUUCAGACCGUGUGCAAGUCAGCGGGUCUGCUUACUGCUAACAGUGUCAGUUCAGCUUCCUAAGAAGCUUCAUAAAGUAUGCAAGUAUGCUUUUUUUUAAAAAAUGUAUUUUAUUACAUUUAAAAAGACAUUUUUCUGUGAGAAAUUAUCUCUUUUGUGAUAAAUUUAAAUUUAAAAAUCAA